UAUCCAGCCAGAAUCUGAAGGCUCCGGACAGAUGAGUAGAGACUUGGAUACAGAAGAGGGACAGAUUCCAGUUUUCCACUUGAUCACCUUGUACAAAGAAGAACCCUUGAGAUAAAUGCUGGGAGAAAGAAGAAAAGCGGUGAAGGAGUCGAUGUGUGACGCAGGACAGGUCUGAGCCAAGAUGCAGAAGUAGGAUCCUUGUAUUUCUACUUCUCUGCCAACACUGAUGGUUGCAAGGAUUGGAAAAAUUAACACUGCUUAGCUCAGCAAGGAGCACGUGGUGGGACGUCAGAGGGCUUAGAGAAGUGCUUGUGAAAGAGACCUGGCAAUAGGAACUGUCUAUUCAAGACUGGACAGGUGAAGCACAGGAGCCACUAACACGCACUCUCUGACAUCCCUCGCCGUCCGUCAGGAGGGAGCCUGUGUGACAGGAAUGGCAGAGCAUCAGCCGCGCAGCAGCGAUGAGAGAGACUGACAUUCGUACGAGUCUCUUCUGGCUCCUUCUCCACAAUGGCUGGUGCCUCUGCAUAUUCAUUGGAUGGUAAUGCAGGAUGUCAAGAGCAGCAGUAGAGUUUGGCUUGAUCCCAUUGUGUUUUUCUUCUGCCGGUUGAGACUUUGAAUCACCAUGACAACGCUGUGACACUUCCAGCAAAGGUUGCCCACAGACCAGGGGUGGGCUGGGGGUGGGUGAGAAGGUCAAUGAUUAAGUCUAACAGGAUCAAAAGUUGCGCCUGCAGCAAAACGACUGUAGAAAAGCCGUCAGCACGACAAGAAGAUGAAAUUCCCCUUCUAUUGGCUUCUCGUUAAGCAGGCACAAUAACAUUUUUUUUCGAGAGACUCGCUAUAAAAACUCUUUUGGUUAUGGCUACUGAUCCAACGUGAUUGGGCACGCAGCGACUUUUGAACUCAUGACUGGAUAUACGAUGUUGCGGAAUGGGGGAGUGGGGAACGGAGGCCAGCCGUGGAUGUUGAGAUGGUCCAGUCGGAUCCGCCUCACCUGGCUUAGUUUCACCCUCUUCAUUAUCCUCGUCUUCUUUCCCCUCAUUGCCCACUACUACCUAACUACCAUCGAUGACGCGGACGAUGCCGGCAAGCGCAUCUUUGGCCCUCGGACCGGCAACGAGCUGUGCGAGGUGAAGCAUGUGCAAGACCUGUGCCGCAUCCGCGAGUCGGUCAGCGAGGAGCUGCUCCAGCUGGAGGCCAAGCGGCAGGAGCUCAACAGCGAGAUCGCCAAGCUCAACUUAAAGAUCGAGGCCUGCAAAAAGAGCAUUGAAAAUGCCAAGCAGGACCUACUGCAGUUGAAGAACGUCAUCAGCCAGACCGAGCAUUCCUACAAAGAGCUGAUGGCUCAGAACCAGCCCAAGCUCUCCUUGCCCAUCCGGCUGCUGCCAGACAAAGAUGAUGUGACCUUCCCCCUGCCAAAAUCCAACAGGAACUGCAGACUACACAACUGCUUUGACUACUCGCGCUGCCCCUUGACAUCUGGCUUUCCAGUCUAUGUCUACAACAGUGACGAUUACCCUUUUGGUAGUUCCUUAGACCCUUUAAUCAAACAAGCCUUUGAGGCAACUGUCAGAACUAAUGUUUAUGUUACUGAAAAUGCAAAUAUUGCUUGUGUGUAUAUAAUUUUAGUGGGGGAAAUGCAAGAGCCUGUAAUGCCAAAACCUACUGAACUAGAGCAACAGUUGCACUCUUUGCCAUAUUGGAGGACUGAUGGACAUAACCAUCUCAUCAUCAAUUUAUCAAGGAAAUCAGAAACUCAGAACUUCAUUUACAACAUCAGCACUGGGCGGGCCAUGAUUGCCCAGUCCACCUUUUACGAUGUGCAGUAUCGACCAGGGUUUGAUAUUGUGGUAUCGCCCCUGGUCCACGCUAUGUCUGAACCGAAUUUCCUAGAAAUCCCACCCCAGGUGCCAGUCAAGCGUAAAUACCUGUUUAGUUUCCAGGGGGAGAAGAUCGAGUCUCUCAGAUCUAGCUUGCAAGAGGUUCGCUCUUUCGAAGAGGAGAUAGAAGGCAAUGCCCCAGCUGACUACGACGAUCGGAUCAUCACCACCUUGAAGGCUGUUCAGGACAGCAAGUUGGACUUUGUUUUGGUGGAGUUUACAUGUAAGAACCAGCCUAAGGCGAGUCUGCCCACUGAGUGGGCUCUGUGUGGAGAAAGGGAUGACAGACUAGAGCUACUGAAGCUAUCUACUUUUGCACUGAUAAUCACCCCAGGGGACACCCAUUUAGUGAUCUCCGCCGGGUGUGCCAUGAGACUGUUUGAGGCUCUGGAAGUUGGAGCCAUCCCGGUGGUUCUCGGAGAGCAAGUUCAGCUACCCUAUAAUGAUGUGAUCCGGUGGAACGAGGCAGCCUUAAUUAUACCAAAGCCACGUAUCACAGAAGUGCACUUUCUUCUGAGAAGCAUUUCUGACAACGAUCUCCUUGCCAUGAGGAGGCAGGGCCGCUUCUUGUGGGAGACCUACUUCUCCACCUCCGACAACGUGUUCAGCACAGUCUUAGCUAUCAUAAGGACUCGAAUCCAAAUCCCAGCUGCUCCUAUCCGAGAAGAAACCGCUGUGGAGAUUCCCCACCGGUCUGGCAAAGCUGCUGGUACAGACCCCAAUAUGGCAGACAACGGUGACCUGGACUUGGGGCCUGUGGAAACAGAACCACCCUAUGCAUCUCCCAAAUAUCUCCGCAAUUUCACCCUCACUGCAAUGGACAUCUACCGGAAUUGGAAUUCUGCUCCAGGGCCUUUCCACCUCUUCCCCUAUACUCCCUUCGACCCUGUUUUACCAUCAGAAGCAAAAUUUUUGGGGUCUGGGACUGGAUUUCGACCAAUUGGUGGAGGAGCAGGUGGCUCUGGGAAGGAGUUCCAGGCUGCUUUGGGUGGCAACGUCCCCCGGGAGCAGUUCACAGUAGUGAUGUUGACUUACGAGCGGGAGGAAGUGUUGAUGAACUCCCUAGAAAGGCUCAAUGGUCUCCCAUACUUAAAUAAAGUUGUGGUAGUGUGGAACUCUCCCAAGCUUCCCUCUGAGGAUCUCUUGUGGCCAGACAUUGGCGUCCCAAUCAUGGUCGUCCGCACAGAGAAAAACAGCCUGAACAACCGGUUCCUGCCGUGGGAUGAGAUCGAGACGGAGGCCAUCCUGUCCAUUGAUGACGAUGCUCACCUUCGCCACGACGAGAUCAUGUUUGGGUUCCGCGUCUGGAGAGAGGCGAGGGACCGCAUCGUUGGCUUCCCGGGGCGCUACCACGCGUGGGACAUCCCCCAUCAGUCCUGGCUCUACAACUCCAACUACUCUUGUGAGCUAUCGAUGGUGCUCACUGGUGCUGCCUUCUUCCAUAAGUACUACGCCUACCUGUACUCCUACGUGAUGCCACAAGCCAUCCGUGACAUGGUGGAUGAGUACAUCAACUGCGAGGACAUCGCCAUGAACUUCCUGGUCUCUCACCUGACAAGAAAACCUCCCAUCAAGGUGACCUCCCGCUGGACCUUCCGCUGCCCUGGGUGCCCCCAGGCUCUUUCUCAUGACGACUCUCACUUCCACGAGCGACACAAGUGCAUCAACUUCUUCGUCAAGGUGUACGGGUACAUGCCCCUGCUGUACACCCAGUUCCGCGUGGACUCGGUCCUCUUCAAGACCCGCCUGCCCCACGACAAGACAAAAUGCUUCAAGUUCAUCUAGAAAGGGGAGGCAGCCAGGCACCCUCGGCUCUCCAAACGUGGGCUGGAGGUGGGUGAGGACAGGGGGUGGCUUUUCCCACGGAGCUGUGAGUGCAAAACGCUUUUUGGGAUUGACUCUGGCCUCCCCCCCGCGGAGCAAAAGGGACGUCCUGGCUUUGGACGGGCUCCUUUCCCCCCUCCCUUCCUGCCCUCCCCACUGAGACUCGACCGAGUGACAGCGAACAGGAUCUCACGGCUUCUGUAAAGACACUCCCCGGGAUCAUACACUGAGGAAUGGCACGCUGGCUAGUGGCUCUGCCCCUUCGCUAGCCCAGGGCAACCAUUCUUUUUAAUUAUAAUUAUUGUUAUUUAAAAUGAAAGUGUUUUAGAUUUGC